UAUAUUAUUAAAUUACAAUUAAGGAGCAAUUUAAACUAAACAAAAUUGGAAAGAGAAAAAGGUAAAGCUUUGGCCUUAUGUGGGUCCCAAAUUAAACCUUUAUAUGCACUACAAAUACCUCUUCCCCCCUUCCUAAUUCUCACUCACUUCACCUCCACAACAAUUAAACCAACCACCACCAAAUUCAGACUCAAAAAUCAGAGCAAAAACAAAAAAAACAAAAAAAAAAACAGAGUAAGAGAGAGAAAAACAGAGAUUUCUUGUUGUUUUUGUUACAUCAUAUUGAAGUAAAAGAAAACUAUAAGGAAAAUUCAGAAAAUUUAUUUAUUUGGGUUAUUCUAUCUCUCUCUAUUUCUCUGCAUCUGAAGUAGUUGCAGAAGAGGAAGAGGAGGGAGAAAAUGUCAGCAGAGUGGCUUAACAACAACAGCUGCCUUUAUAAAAUGAAUGAAGAUGAUUUACCCAAAAACCCAGUUCAAAAACAGGGCAUAGUUUCAAUACUUAGCUCUGAUUUUAACUCCUCCAAAAAAAUUAUAGCACCCCAUAAUUGUAGUGUUUCUAUUAGAAGAACACUUUCAGCUGAUAUGUCCUCCCCAAAAUGGCUUCAAACAAAUGGUUUCCCUCAUUCCUCUAUUAAAAGGGUUCAAUCUUCUGAACAAUUGUUAGCUUUAGGUGAACAAGAUAAUAAUGUCAAUGAUCAUGAUCAUGAUCAUGAUGAUAAGACUAAAGGGCCUGCAUUUGAAGAUAUUUGGAGUACAAUCCAAGCUGAUAAGAGGAGUUGGGGAGCAAUUCUUUCUCCUCCUAAGAACAAUGAUGGUUGUUCAGGGUCUGAGUCGGGUCUGGGUCUGGUUCCUGCACCGUACGUUCACCCUUUGGCGAAACGUACGGCGAGCUCUUUGAGUGAAAAGAGCCUUGAGAUUUGUACCGAGAGUCUCGGGUCGGAGACUGGGUCAGAUGUGUUCUCGUACCCAGCCUCCGAGUCCGAGGACUCGGAUAAGGAACUAGAAGUGCAAGAGCAAGGGCAAGGGCAAGAGCAAGAGCAAGAGCAACAACAAGAUCAAGUAGAAGUGAAAGAUUAUAAUAUGGAAGUGGGUAAUUUUAAGUACAACAAUUACUAUAGGGGUCCCACUAGUAAGAGGUCAAUGAUGGUCCCUCCUACAAGGCCUUCAUUCCCUCCUCCACUUCCUUCAUUGGCUCACCGAGAUGAUGGCUCUAACCUCCACAUAAGGUCCCACCGCCAAGACGGCCGCCUUGUCGUCGAAGCGGUCUCCGUACCUUCCCCCAAUUGCUUCCGCGCUCAACGCCAAGACGGCCGCCUUCUCCUCACUCUCACUAGUGAUGAAGAGCAAGAACAAGAGCAUGAGGAUGCUAUAGAUGAUGAUGAUGAGGAGGAGGAUGUUGUAAAAGGAGGAGAAAUAGAAGGUUUGAUCAAGGAACAAGUUAAAGAGAAGUUAGCAAUACCAACAAGGGGAGUGAUCAAUGUGCCAAAAUCAUGCACAUCUCUUACAAUGAGCAAGCUUAUGGAGUUAACAAGCACUCGAAACAAGUCUACAUGGCCUCGCAACUACAACACUACAACAAUCAAAACACUCGACGAAAAUAACCAUGAAAUAGAAGAAGAAGACACCGAGUUGGCAAUGACGACGACAACAACAACAACAACAACGACACAAUCAUUGCCGCCUCGGCCUAAGGUGAGCACAGCUACCGCCGCUGCAGUUGCGCUUAACGCGUACGAGUACUACUGGCGACGGAGCGACAGUCCGGCAGCAGCAGCGGUAGCUAUGCUGAAACCACUUGCGGGGAAGCAGCAACAGAAUAAUAAAAAAUGUGCCCCGCAAGUGGAAAAAGAUACUAAAAAGAAUAUAAACAAGUCACUUUUUGCCGCCCAUAACAAAAAGGGUGUAGCAUUAGCACAAGAAGAAGUGGUACUAGUGAAAGCUGCAAGAAGAGAAGGAGGAGUAAGCAACAACGGUGAAAAGGGAGAGUAUCUAGUUCCCUUGAUGCUAAGAGGCUGUAAAGAACACAAGAGGUCACUCUUGUUUUGGGAGCCUUAUUGCAUUGCUACCUCCUAAAAAAUUUUAACAUUUUCACCAUCACUAAAUUAAUCACUUCUUAUUCCAUCAUAAUUAAGUUCAUUACUACAUAAUCUUAGUUUAAUUUAUUGCAUAUUUGCAUGGUCUCCUUUCAUUUAGUUGUAAGUUUCACUUGAAUGUGACUUGCCAAAAAUUAGGAUUUUUAGGGUAUCUAUCUUAUCUAGUUGAUGAAUAAAUGCAAAAAUUGUGUAAAGGAGGAGAAUUUGGAUUUACAUAUUACUACUACGUAUCUUCUUAUGUACUAUUAGUCUAUAAUAGUAGUAUGUAUUCAUUCUCUUAUUCUAUGAUUUGAUGAGAUUAUUUGAGGCUUGGACAAAUAUAAAAAGUGAGAUGAUAUUUUCUUUC